AUGGAAAUAACGACAUACGACGAUAUAGAAACAGUUAAGUUUGUUCAUGGUCCAAAGUAUAAGUUGAAUUCGCAAAAAACGGAGAUAUUGGUCUGCAAUGAACUUAAAUAUUUUGUUCUUGCUUACGAAUAUCAGAUUAAUAUCUAUAAAGUUGAUGAUAUAUUGGAAUUAGAAAGUGGUUCUAUUUAUUUUAAAAGGGAUUUUGGAGAGUAUGAUUCUAAGAUAAUAAAGUCAUGGAUAGUUACUUCAGAAUAUGGCAGUAUAGAAGGCCUAACCAUUGAUGCAACUGAAACAAUAUUAACAGUAAUAACUUCUAAAGUCAUUUUAUUUUAUGAUCUAAGUGAUCUUGAAGAAUAUGGUCCAUGGCAAAUCUUGGAACAUACACAUAUUACUGACUUGAAAUGGACACAAAAAAGUGAUAUCAUUAUAAUAGACUCUGUUGGUAAUUCCUUCAUAUAUCAUUAUACAGAGAAAUCAAAUUGUUUUAAGAAAAUCCAGUUGUUUCAAAGAGAUGGCAUAAAGUGCAGAUUUAUAGAAAGUUUUAACAGUGAUUCUUGCAAUAUAGCAUUUAUUGUUGUUACCUCCAAUCCUACUGGUUUUAUUUUAAUUAAUAAGUUCCAAUAUGAAGAAAUGAUCAGUCAUACAGAAUAUUUAUUUGAAAUACCGGAUACUUGUUAUGUCAUGCUUAAAGAUAUUAUAGAAUCCUGUGAGGAGAAUUUCAUUGAUAUAGACGAGGAAAAGAACUACUCUCAGUUCCAAAUUUUGGCUAUAAAAUAUUUAGAUGGAGUUGAAUCUUGUUCGAUUGCUUUUAUUCUAGCAGGUGGCUCAAAUUAUAUAGAUGGUUAUGUUUUAAUAGGCUCAAUUAAUAAAUAUUGUGAUUUUACUAUAAAUUUUUACUCGAUAAACGACUUAAGUUUUGAUGAUAUUUUUUCUCAAAACUUCGAAACCCUUAAAGAUAUAAAGUGUACAUUAAUUUGGGUUAAAGAAUGGUAUUUACUAUUUGUUGGUUCACCCAUUUUUUCACAAGUAGUUCUGUUUUCACCUAGUAAAAAGUAUAUUUUAAAUUUUGAGUAUCAAAAUAGAAGUGAAGAUAUGUCGAAUGAGUGGUAUAGAUUGGGAAUGUGCGAAGGUUAUGAUCUAAACACUACAGACUUUGAAAUUGGAGUAUGUAACGUUGAAAUUUGUAAAUGUACUUCUGCUUCAAUUAAAGAUCCAAAGGCAACUGCGGAUACACAACCUAUUAAGAAUCCACCUGUAGUAUUUAUUUCACAAACAGAUGGAAAUAUUGUAGCUCAUUACAUUGGUGGAAAUGCUAAUUUUUCAUCUCUAAAGCAUGAUCAACUUAAUACUGUCUCUUUGAUAUCGUUGAAUCCUAUAUCUCGGAAUUUAUUACUCUUAUCAAAACAUGAAGAUAUUACAAAGACUCCUAGUGUAGAUCCUAGUAAGAAGUCAGAUUUUGAGAAUUCACCUAAAACUGAAGAUAAUAAGAAGGAUUUGCCAUUAUUAUUUAACAUAGAAGCUACUAUAAGUCAUUUUAGCUGUGAAAAAGUUCAUUCACUUUGUGAAUUGGCUUCAUCCUCAACUUUAGAAACAAGGAAUGAUAACCCUGAAACGAAUAUCAGUGAACUUCUAAAGCUUUAUAAAGAUAGUAUAGAGAGUAAUUUGACUGACAAUAACUUUAAACAGGUAGAGAUGAGUUUUUUUAAUGUAAUGGAAAGUAUCGAAGACCGUAUGAAAUUACUUGACUCCAAAAUUCAGCUUUUGUCUGAUGAUUAUGUAGCUCAGCUAUCAAAUAGAGAAUGUAAGUCUAUAUUUGAAAAAUAUGAUAAAAUAAUUAGUAAUAUUAAAGCUAAACUCCCGGAUAAUGAACUUUUUGAUACCUUACUUAGGAAAGGUGUCGAGUUGAAUGAACAAGAGAGACAGCUUGGACAGCUUUAUGCAUUAUUGAUGAGAAAAUUUACGGAUGAAAUGUACGAUAAUUUAAACAGUAGAUUGAUUCGUGAUAAAUUUAAGGGUAAUGAGCUAACCUCUAACCAGUUUUCUUUAUUCUUCCAGCUUAAUAAAGAGGAAUUAGAUUUUACUUCUUUAGAUAUAAAUUGUACCAAUACAAAUAAACUUAGAGAACAAAUUUUGAUUACAGAAAGGCAAAGUUUAAAACUUGUAUCACGAAUAACGCAAGUAAUUAACUUUUCAGAGAGAAUCAAGGAGAGGUGCUCAAAUUCAAGUUUAAUUUUACCACCGCCAGCAAUGAGUAGAAACUCAUAUAGUACAAAUGUUCAAAGGGGUUCAUUGAUGAUUUGUCCAGAUUCCGUAUUUGUUGAUGAUUCAAGCUCUGAGGGUACAACUGAUCCAUUGUGUGAUAUAAAUAUCUCAUCUACUGUAAAUGUCAAUACUAAUAUGAGUUCUAGAGGUAAUUUUGAGAAGAGCUACAGGUCUCCUUUUAUGCAGAUACCUACAAGAACUAGCUGUUUGUCUGAUAUAAUAAAAAAUAUUUCGACUUCAAUAGGCUCAAAAGAUGUUGGUUCAAGAUCUGCAAAGGCACUAUAUAAUGUUAAUGCUGAUUUGUACUCAAAUAAGAGAGUCUCACCAUCAACAUCAAAUAUAAGCAACUCAUCUAGAUUUUGCAAUCUUAGGUUGAAACCUUUUCGCGACAAUAAGACUCCUAACAGAUAUUUCACUAUGCAUACCCUAAAAGAUAAUACUUUUAAGGUGCCACAAAAAAAUAUCCCAUUCUUCCCAAUAAAGUGGACACCCAAUUCAGCAAAAGGUAUUGAAGAUUUCCUUAGUCCAGAUAAACCUGGCUUUAUUACUAGCUCCCCUAAAUUUACAGAAGGAAGUAAAUUUUCCUUUUUAAAUCAGAUGUCGCAGAACUCUUCUGGUUCUAUUUAUGAAUCUUUGGAAUGCUGUAUUAAAGCUUGUAAUAAAUACCUUGAUAGUAUUGAAGAUCAAUGUAUCAUUGCGAGAGGUUCUCUUGAUUUUCUUAGGAGAGAAAGUUUAGGUUCAGAUCUAUCAACUAAAUGCAUGCACUUGAACUUAAAUCAUGAUUACUCAAACUUAAAUAGUGAGUCAUACCAAAAUAUAAUGAAUGCUCAAUUAUUAUUAUUCCAGAAUUCUUCAAAGCAAAGGAAUAUACACUAUAGGCAAAAACUUGCUCUUUUGUUAAGUAGUCAGAACUAUCAGAAAAGAGAGGAGGGAAUUGAAGAUGAAAAUCUACCUUGUUUUGGUACUAAAGAUAUUUCAAAAAAUCAAAACACUAGUGCUUCAUUUAAUACUGACAAUUCAAUAUUUGGAAAUAAUAUGUUUACAAGUAUGUCAUUAAAAUCUACACUAAAUUGCUCCGAGGUUCCUACGAAAGAUAAACUCCAUAUAGAUCAUUUUCCAAGUAAUUCAAUGAUAUACAAAAAAAUAGAGACUCCUAACUUAUUUAAAAUUAAUACCUUGCAAAAUAUCAAAGUUGAAGAUUUUAAAUUUUCUGCCAAGUCAGACUCUUUUGAAACUAUAACACCAAAGCCACUUGAAAACCAUUCUACUAUUUCAUUUUCAUUUAAUACUUCUAAUGAAGUUGAUAAUACUCCAGUUCUUACUAGCAGUUUCACUCUUAAAGAUAUAGUGAAUACUGAAGUGAGUAGCAAUCCAAAAGAAAUAUUUACUAGUCAAUUACUUGGGAUUGACUUAGAACAAUCAUGUUCUCCACCAACAGAAAAAAUUCAAGAUAAAGAAGUGUUAGGAACUCAUGACCAGAUUGGCUCCAAAGAUUCGAUUUCAAUACAUGAAAACCAAGAUAAACCAGAACAUGAACCUUGUACUGGAGAUUUGGGUUCAUCCUCAUCAAUAAAAUUAACUACAAAUACUAUAAACUCAACUUCCCCUCAAGAUCAUCUUUUUAAUUCCAAUAUAUCUAUUAAAAGUUGUGAAAUUCCAACCGUUACAAAGACUAAUUUGGCUGAAUCAUUGAACUCAUGCACAUAUUCUGAAAUUAAGUUAAAAGAUAAAUCUGAGACAAGUGAAUCAAAUGCUGAAACUUCACUUCUUAAUACCUUACAAUUUUCUGAACAGGAUCUGUUGGACAAAACUACACCUACUUUUAUAUUAGAUUCCUCUACACAAGACAAUAAGGUGACUGAAACUUCUAAUAAGCCAGUUGGUUUAUUUACCUCGGAUCUAGAACCAAGUAACAAUAUACCCCUAACUAAUCUGAACUUCCUUGAUAAAGAUAAGUCGAAUCUAUUGUCCAAUACGACUCCAUCAAUUUCAAGCAAUAUAUUUGGCUCUUCAAUAUCACAGACAUUUUCUUUGAACACCUCUAAUACUGUGCCAAUUGCUUCACCUAAAGAAAAUAAUGGUCUACUUGAUAUUAUAGGAGGGAUACCAAAGACUGAAUGCUCAGAAAAUUCGAUGGUACUAGGUGGGAGAUUUGGAGGUUUUGGCACUAUGUUUAACACUGGUCUUGCACCAUCUAUUUCAGGUUUUGGAUCUUCACAGUUCUUAUCUGGUCCAUUCAGUAACAAUAAUUCUAGCUCACCUUCCUCUAAUGAAACAUCCCAAUCUCUUCUUUCUUCACUAGGGCCAUCACAUCAAAGCUACUCCUUUGGUCUCUCAUCAUCUAAUUUGAAUUCAUAUACUCCCUUUACAUCUGAACCAUCUACUAAUAUACAAACUGGAGGAUUUGCUUCCCUAUCUUCAGAGUACCGGGGUUUCUCAGCACUUACAUCACAAAAUUCAGGCACUUUUGGUUCAAACUCUUCUACAAGUCAGUUUAACUUUGCACCACCACUUAAACCACGCCAAGUUAAUAAACUUGACUAG